AUGGCUCCUUUGCUAAGUCUGUCUGUGUUGGGAGAAGAGUUGUAUUUGUACUUGGCAGUCACCCCGCAUGCCGUAAGUUCAGCAUUGAUAAGAAAAGAAGACAAAGUGCAAAGGCCCGUGUACUAUACAAGUAAGGCAUUGAGGGGAGUGGAAGGACAAUAUUCACAAAUGGAAAAAUUAGCCUUCGCAUUGAUAAUAGCUUCCAGGAAGCUAAGGCAUUAUUUCCAAGCACAUGUCAUUAAUGUCAUGACAGAUCAUCCGCUCAAGAAGGCAAUGAACAGACUAGAAGUUGCAGGACGAUUGAUCCAAUGGGCAGUCGAGCUCAGUAAGUUUGACAUUAGAUAUCAACCAAGGCAUGCCAUAAAAGCUCAAGCCCUAACAGAUUUCAUUGCGGAGUUUACCCCAAAUUAUGAUGAUGAGACGAAAAACAAUAAAAGAUGGGUCGUCCAUAUGGAUGGUUCGUCUACACAACACGCAGGAGGAAUUGGUGUGGUUCUACAAUCCCCGGAAGGAGAUAAACUGAAACACAAAGUUCGUUUGCAGUACCAAACCACUAAUAAUGAAGUCGAGUAUGAAGCCCUCCUCAACGAGCUAGAAUUGGCUAAGUCUGUGGAAGCCAAGUUCAUACUCGUCUUGGGGGAUUCUCAGUUGAUUAUGGGCCAAGUGAAUGGGAUAUAUAAGGCUAAGGAAGAAUGGAUGAGGAAGUACCUUAAUAGGGUGAUGCGCCUUAUGAAAAAAUUCGAGGAAGCCUUCGUUCAAAUCCCAAGGGAGGAGAACGUGGAAGCUGAUACUAUAGCGAAAGAAGCCUCAGCAAAUGAAUCCAUGGACGAAUUUGAUGAGAUUCAGUAUAUGCCAAGUAUAGAUAUCCUAGAAGUACAACAGGUAGAGAGCAUAGGAAAUUGGAUGACCCCGAUUGUAUCAUACCUGAAAGACAGACGACUUCCAGAAGAGAAAGAUGAGGCCAGGAUGCUGAGGGUAAGAUCGGCUAGGUACGUUCUUAUGGACGAGGUGCUAUACAAAAGAGGUUUUUCUCAGCCUUAUCUUAGAUGCUUGGCUCUGGAUGAAGCGAACUACGUAUUGAAAGAAGUUCAUGAAGGAGCGUGUGGCAAUCACUCAAGAGCUAGGUCAUUUGUCCACAAGGUCGUCCUUGCGGGGUACUAUUGGCCAAUAUGCAAGCUGAUGCUAAGGCAUAUGUCAAGGUCUGCGACCAAUGCCAACGGUUUAGCAAUGUCCUCAGGCAACCAUCAGAGUACCUCACCUUGA